AUGUUAAAUUUUUUACCUAAUUCUUCAGGAUAUUUACCAUUAUGGACUUUGUUAAUUUCCCUUAUAGCAAUUUUCAAUACAUUUCAAAAUUUACUAACACUUUCUCUUACUAAACAAAUUUAUAAUGCAAAACCCGAACAAGUGACGGGAUUAAGUUCACGCACUUUUGCAGUUUGGUCAUUUUGUUCAGCCAUUAUUCGGUUUUAUGUAGCAUAUAAUAUUCAUAUUGAAAGUAUUUACCAAUUAGGCAUUUGGACAUAUGUAAUUGGAUUUACACAUUUUACUUCAGAAUUAUUAUACUUUAGAAGUGCUAAUAUUGGACCAGGAUUAUUAUCUCCCAUUAUUGUAUCUG